AUGGAAUUUCCACAUAUUGGAAAGAAUUGUUCUCAUAAAUCAUGCAACAAACUAGAUUUCCUGCCCGUAAAAUGUGAUGCUUGCAAGGAAGUGUAUUGUUCAGACCACUUUUCAUAUGUCAAACAUGACUGUCCAGUCCCUAACACAAGGGAUGUCCAAGUGCCUCAAUGUCCAUUAUGUGGAGCACCAGUUCCUGGUAAAAGAGGGGAGCCUCCAGAUGUUGCAGUUGGUGCUCAUAUAGAUAAUCAAUGUACCUCAGACCCAGCCCGAGUGAGGAGAAACAAGGUAUUUACAAACAGAUGUUCAUACAAGGGAUGUAAAACGAAAGAAAUGGUGCCUCUUGUAUGUGGCGAGUGUGCACUCAAUUACUGUCUCCGACACAGACAUGCGGCCGACCACGCCUGUGAGGGAAAGCUGGCAGCUAAGAGACGACAGGCUGCCAAUGCAGCAAUGGCGCGUAUGAGAGCAAAUGAAAUCACAAUAUCAAAUAGAACACCUACAUCUAUCCCUGUCACAACCUUCAGUGAAGUGCAAGGGAAUAUGACUGAAGACGAAGCGCUAGCUCGCGCUCUAGCUCUGUCAAUGCAAGAACAAAACACAAACAUACAUACAAGAGAUACAAACUUUGCCCGUGCCCUGACGCGGCAGCGCGUCGGCGGCGAACAAAACUCAAGAUGCUCAGUAUCU